AUGAGUGCCAUCAGCUGGAACUGUAAGGGGCUUGGGAACCCCCUAACAGUUAAUGCUCUCCAAAAGGUGGUAUUGGAGAAAGAUCCCACACUAGUCUUCCUCAUGGAGACUAAGUUCGACGUUUCGGAAAUGGAUGGUAUUAAACAGAAAAUUGAGAGACAGCAAGGAUUGGUAGUCCCCAGUAUAAAACGGGCUGGCGGUCUAGCAUUGUUAUGGAGAAAUUUGCUGCAGGUUGACAUACUGACAUACUCUCCAUGGCACAUUGACGCAAUAGUAAUUAAAGAACAGGGGACGAAAAAAUGGUGCUUUGCAAGCUUCUAUGGACAUCCAGAGACAGGAAAAUGGGAGGAGUCAUGGAAGCUGCUGGAGAAUCUUAGUCACAGAAGCGACUUGCCAUGGAUUUGCAUGGGGGACUACAAUGAGAUAAUGCAUGCCAAAGAAAAGGAAGGUGGUGGUGUAAGGCCUAAAAGACAGAUGCGUAUCUUUCGUGAGGCGGUCAAUAGAUGCCAACUGAGAGAUUUGGGGUAUAUAGGCUCGGAUUUUACAUGGAGCAGAAGAUUAGGAAGUAGGGGGUGGGUGCAUGAAAGGUUGGAUAGGGCUCUAGUAUCUACGAAUUGGGCAGCAACAUUCCCAGUAGUAAGGCUUUUUCACGUGGCCACCUCAGUUUCAGAUCAUAGCAUACUUGUUCUCAAGGAAUCAAGCUCCACAAGAAAACAAAGGAAGCGCUCCAAGGUGUGGCGGUUUGAAUCUAUGUGGCUUGAGGAUGAGAGGUGCAAAGAUGUGGUACAUGAGGCUUAG